AUGCCUGUAAUACCAGGUACAAUUCUUGAUAGGAACGAAACACAGGAAUUAAGAUUAAUGGUGGCUGAUUUAUUAGGUAGAAGAAAUCCAUCAUUUCCUGGAUCUCAGCCAAUAUCAUUUGAAAGGCACCAUUUGACAGAUACAUUGAUGAAUAAAGAAUACUAUGUAUGUGAGAAAUCUGACGGAUUACGUUGCUUGCUAUUUAUAAUAAACCAUCCCGAAAGAGGCGAAGGUGUCUUCUUAAUAACUAGAGAAAACGAUUAUUACUACAUUCCUAACAUACACUUUCCUUUAACAAACAACGAGGAAAAAGGUAAAACAUACCACCAUGGUACUUUAUUAGAUGGAGAAUUGGUUCUUGAAACAAAAAAUGUAUCGGAGCCUGUAUUAAGAUAUUGUAUAUUUGAUGCGUUAGCUAUUAAUGGGAAAGAUAUAACUAAGAGGCCCUUACCUAAGAGGCUUGGUUAUAUUACAGAGCAAGUGAUGAAACCAUUCGACAAUUUUAAACGUAAGAAUCCUGAAAUUGUGAAUUCCCCUGAAUUUCCUUUUAAAGUUAGCUUUAAAUUAAUGACAUCCUCGUAUCACGCUGAUGAUGUCUUAUCUAAAAAGGAUCAAUUAUUCCACGAGUCAGACGGUUUAAUUUUUACUUGUGCGGAGACACCAUAUGUAUUUGGUACUGAUAGUACAUUAUUAAAGUGGAAGCCAGCUCAUGAAAAUACAAUUGAUUACAAAAUGGAAAUGAUCUUUAGUAAGUUUCAAGACCCUGAUUUAGAUCCAAGGGAUCCAGACUCUACGUACACAGACUAUGAUUCUAAGCCUGAAUUGAUAAAGUUAAGGGUUUGGAAAGGUGGUGCAGACUAUGAGGACUUUACAAAAUUAUCCUUAGAAGAUGAAGAUUGGGAGAAGUUGAAGAAUUUGGGUCAACCUUUACAAGGAAGAAUAGUUGAAUGUCGUAAGAAGCUUUCAGAGCCAGGUUUUUGGGAAAUGUUACGCUUUAGGAACGACAAGAGUAAUGGUAAUCAUAUUUCCGUUGUUGAUAAAAUUUUACAUAGUAUUCAAGAUGGGGUGAGCGAAGAAGAAUUAAUUGAGGCAUGUCCUAAAAUUGGCAAAGCAUGGAAGAAAAGGAUUUAUGAAAAGUCUCAAGGUAACAGAUCCCUGUAUAGCGAUACUGGAAGGCCACAUCCCGAAUCUAAUAGAGAAGAUGAACCUGCAUCGAAAAGAACUAAAAUUGAUAUGGAAGAGCCUGAGUCUAACGGCUUUGAUAAUAUUAAUGAGGAUUCAAGGAGUCAAGAUAAUGCAUCUAAACAAAACUCAGGAGAAUUUCAGGAUAUCCCAACUUAUGAAGAUAGUGACGAAGAAUGA